AAUGACACCGAAAACCGUUGCUGCACACUCGGCGGAAGCACGUGUCCGGCGCUACAUGUGCCGCUUGUGGACCAACUUUGCCAAAUACGGCAAUCCAACGCCAUCGCACGAUGAAUCAUUACCCUUCCAUUGGGACCCGGUACCGAUGGUGGAUCCCAAAGCAUCGAACUAUCGCUUACCGUAUCUUAAGAUAACGGCCGAACCUCAGAUGGCGAUGGAUCCGCACCGGGAACGGAUGGCGUUCUGGCGACAGGUUUACCAGACCUUCAAUGGCGGCUUCACGAAUGCCAACUUUGAACGGUAGAAGAGAAUGGCAAUUGAAUCCUGACCAAGUGUUAAACAAUUAUCUCGUCUAAUAAUCCAAUUAACACUCGGCACCCUGUUCCGAAACACUAAUUUCGGCUGUCAAACAAAUCACGACCCUCUGAACCUCACUUACUGUCCACUGGUUCUUCUUAUCACCAGCCUGACUCGGACAAUUCGUUCUGAUGACCG